AUGGAAACGCAACUGUGCAAUCGGAUCAAGAAGUUGUCGGUUCUAGGAAAACGGGUCGUGGCCAUCCAAUACCUCCGGCGCCUCCUCGGCUGCUUGCCUGCCCUGCUCUACUGGCUCCUGCGCUCCGUGCCCUCCUCGGGCCAGCACACCAGCUCCCUGGCCGACGCCCAACACGCCCUCACCAUCCCGCUCAUCGCCCUCCCCGUCUUCGUCCUCCUCCGCCUCCGCCAGCUCCGCAACUCCUUCCAUCUCCUCAAACUCAGCCUUGAAACUCUCCUCGACACGUGGCUCGUCCAUUUCGUCGCUUUCAAUUUGGGAUCGUUGGCCUAUCUCGGAGGAUGGGUCCCUGCGAAGACCUACUUGGCCUGCUUGAUAUCGUUUGGCAUAAUAUGCCCCAAACCCGCCUAUCUAGGUCCGUCUAAACUGAGGAUAAUGGAUCCCGAGACCUUCGCCGCCGAAGUCUUGAACAAGACAUAUUUGUCUGUUGUCGGCUUCUCGGCAAGCAAGCUGCUAACUCUGACGCCGGAGAAGCUGCAAGAAAAGGUAAGAGAUGCGCCGAAAGCGGCCCCGAACGGGCACUUUCCGACGAAGAGAUGGGUGGUCUGGCUGGUUUCCGAGGCGCAACUGUAA